UUUAAGUGAAAAGAAACGUAUUGCAACAAAUUCGCAUUAAAAUAUAUCAUAUUUAUAAAUUUUGCUACAUUGCUGACAAAUGAGGAAAAUUUUACAUUUUCUCAAACAGGGUAUGGAACUUGGUUCCUCGAAUAACUUCUGGCACAGACAUCUGAGGGCAUGGCCGUCCAAGAAGAAAAUGUAGCCCUUGGUGCCAUCUAUCGACCACAGGUUAAAGAUUGGCGAUCCGUUGGAUAACGACCGAGUUAUAGCCAAAACUUGGUGCAAAAAUGAGCCUUAUGAAAUUUUCAAAUGUUUAGAAUUUUUUUAAUUUUCUUAAAUUUUUUAUUCUUUUUUUUAUUUAAAACAUUAUUUUAGGGAAAAGAAACUUAUUUCAACCGAUUGGCAUUAAAAUAAAUCAAUUUAAUUUUUUUUGCAAAAUUUCUCAAAAAAAUGGCAAGGGGUACCCCUUGUGAAAUUUUCGAGUUGAAAUUUUAAAAAAAAUUUUUUUUUGAUUUUUUAUUCUUUUUUGUGUUUAAAGCAUUAUUUGAGUGAAAAGGAACUCAUUUCAAUCGAUUCACAUCAAAAUAUAACAAUUUUUAAAAUUUUGCUAAAUUUCCAACAAAAAAGCUAACAUUUACAUCCCGGAACACGUCAUACGCGAAGGUAACGCGAACCGGAAAGAAUCAUGGAGGCUCUGAUGGGUGGCCAGUGCGCCGCGCAAAGCGUCGGACCGGCUAAUCAACUGUUUGGGCUGCUGGUGCAGACUAUUCUGGCGGCACAGUGUGCGAUUUCACCCCCGGACAUGUGGCCGAAGGACUACGGCCCGACGGCACUGGCGCAAGGUUUGGACGAGUACGAUUUUGUGAUCGUAGGUGCCGGUUCCGCUGGUUCGGUUGUUGCAAACCGUUUAUCAGAAAACCCUGACUGGAAGGUGUUGCUGCUAGAGGCUGGUGGUGAUCCACCGAUCGAAUCUGAGAUUCCUUUUCUACAAAUACAUUUAUAUAAAUCAAAUGUAGAUUGGGUUUACCAUGCAAACUCUAGUGAUGGAAUUAAGGCAAACUAUCGUACUGCCUGCCGGGCGUCUACGUCACCGGAAGGUUGCUAUUGGCCGCGAGGUAAAAUGCUUGGAGGUUCUGGUGCGAUGAACGCAAUGGUAUACAUUCGUGGUAAUGCACGCGAUUACGAUGGGUGGGAAGCUAUGGGCAAUGCUGGAUGGGGAUGGCAGAAUGUUUUACCAUAUUUCCGGAAAUCGGAAAACAAUCACGAUGCUGCAGUGGUUGGUGAUGGGACAUUCCACGGAACGGAAGGAUACUUAUCCGUCAGCAGUACAACCGGUGAUUCCGAUAAGAUGGAACAGCUGUUAGAUGCGAUUCAGGAAAGCGGCUAUGAAUAUUUGGAAGAUUUCAAUGGUGAAGAUCACAUCGGUUUUGGUCGGAUGCAGGUUAACACAAUCAAUGGUACACGAUGCAGUCCAGCUAAAGCAUUUCUGAUUCCAAUCAAGGAUCGAACAAAUUUGGAUGUGAUUAAACAUGCUUUUGUAACAAAGCUCGAGUUUGAUGGUAACCAUCGGAUAGCGUCAGUUCGCUUUAUACUGGCUGAACAUGACACUAAUUCAAUGGUUCACAAAAAUGAGAUGGAAGUUAAGGUGAGAAGAGAAACAAUUGUUUCAGCCGGUGCAGUAAACACCCCGCAACUUCUAAUGUUAUCGGGUAUUGGACGUGAAGAAGACCUGCGUGAGUUCGGCAUUCCAAUUGUGUCGGAUGUUCCUACCGGCCGCAAGCUACAGGACCACGUCAUGGUACCCUUGUUCUACCGGAUCCACCGCUCUACUGCCUUAGACUUUGACCUGAAUCGGGACAUUGUUUCGCACUGGUACGAUUAUCUGUUGCAUCGUAACGGCCAGCUAACUGAACAUGGCAUCAACGCAUUCAUAGGCUUUAUAAACACAACCAGCAGCUAUGAUCCAUAUCCCAACAUUCAGUAUCAUCAUAUGUACUCUCGCAAGCGUUCAGAUAUCGCUGAGCAAUGGUUACGGAAGAUGGAUCUGGAUGGACCCGUGAGCAACUCCAUCGCAGACGCCAAUAAUGAAGCGGACUUGUUAGGAGCGUUUGUUAUUCUACUAAAACCUAAAUCAUGGGGUCACAUAAAACUACGUUCGAGGCAGGUCUGGGAUAAACCAAACAUUGAUGCUGGCUAUCUUACCCAUCGACAUGAUGUACAGACAUUGCUCGAAGGAAUCCGUGUACAUCAUCGCAUCAUGGCGACAAAAGCCGCCAAGGGUAUGGAACCAGAGCCGGUACGGAUAGAUCUAUUCGCUUGUCAGAACGAACAGUACGAUUCUGACGCAUAUUGGGAGUGCUAUAUUCGAGAACUAACACUUACACUCUACCAUCCGGUGGGAACUGCAAAAAUGGGCCCCUCCAGAGAUCCAGACUCUGUAGUAGAUUCGAGACUGCGUGUCAGAGGUGUCAAAGGUUUACGAGUAGUUGAUGCCAGCGUUAUGCCGGACAUUGUGAGCGGAAACACAAAUGCAGCAGUCAUCAUGAUAGGUGAGAAAGCUUCGGACAUGAUAAAGGAGGAUAAUGGAUGGAAGGGAUAAAAAAUAUGUCCGUAUUAAAGGAUAUUUGUUACAACAAAGAAAUUAACAGUAUAUUGGAAAAUGGCUACUACUAUAUAUAUUGUGUCGCAUUUAUAUUGCACUCCAGUUCGAUCUUAUCUAAUGCACUGUACGGUGGUUGUAAGAUGGUUACGAGUUAAUAUUACAAACGUUUUGGAGUGGUUUUAUCUGUUUGCCUUGUACAAGUGGCACUUGCGGAAGCGCACGACUUUACACAAAUGCAUUAAACAGAGAAAAAAUCAAGAACAGACACUACUCCAUGAAUGUACUUUUUGAUGACGAUUUAAAUUUUACUGAUGUGUACUCUCC